AUGAACCCAAACGCCGGCCAGCUACGGCGAAUGGAAGGGGGAAAGCUACUGUUGCGAAGGGCAGAGGAUGAACUGCGCAAAGAAGUCAUCUCAAUUCCUCCUUGUCUCAGCGAAGAGCAUGGACUACUGCGUUUUGGCCUCAUUGGUGCUAAAGAUGCAAAAGACAACACUGGGCGUUGGACAACUUGUGCCCUUGAACUAGCACUCAGCCGCCCAGAGUUUGGUACAAAAUGUAUCCUAUUCGCGAAUGACAAAAUAAUCACCUUAUUUAAGCAUCGUGCAGACCGAUGUGCUCAAUGA